AUGGCAGCCACCGGACCAGAGACCGAAGAGCUUCAGACUCGCCUCGACGAUCUCGUCACUCGCGCAGCUGCAAAAGAUGCUGUAAAGGACUACAACGCCGCUGCUGAGCUGUACUCACAAGCUACCGAAAUUCAAGCCGAGAUCAAUGGGGAAAUGUCCGUCGAGAAUGCCGACCUACUCUACGCCUACGGAAAGUCCCUCUACAACGUUGGUGUAAGCAAAAGCGACGUUCUAGGAUCAAAGAUCGCUGGAGGAGAGACACCACAAGAGACUGAACCUACCAAAAAGGCAAAGGAGCCCUCCUCGGCCGGUCUUAUUCAAGCUGCAAUCUCGAGUUCUACAGCAGAAGGGUCUCUUGACUCAAAAAAGCCUACAGAGUCAGCAAACCAACUUUUCCAGUUCACAGGCGACGAGAACUUUGCGGAUUCAGACUCUGAGGAAGAGGGCGAUGGUGUACAAGCAGAGGAGGAGGAAGAGGACGACGACUUCGAGAACGCCUUUGAGGUACUUGAUCUCGCACGAGUCCUUCUAUUGAAGAAAUUGGAAGACGCGGAACAAAAAUCAAAUGGCAAAGGCAAAUCAGCGGACAUUCCUCCUAAAGUCAGAAAGAUUCAAGAACGACUUGCAGAUAUUUACGAUUUACAAGCAGAGAUCUCUUUGGAAGGAGAAAGCUUCGUCAACGCCGUCUCAGAUCUUAGAGCUGCUCUCGAGCUCAAAGAAACGCUAUAUACAUUUGAAGAUCCAUCAGUCUCGGAAUGUCAUUACAAGCUCUCUCUUGCCUUGGAAUUCGCAUCGGUUAGCCAACCUGAUGAAGAUGGGGAGGGAAAGCCUGCAGUGGUGGACCCGGCAAUGCGAGAAGAGAGCGCAAAACACAUGCAGAGCGCUAUUGACAGUUGCAAGUUGAGACUCGCGCAGGAAGAGAAUAAACUUGAGACAGGAGAGAUUGAAGGAGAAGACAAAAUCAACGCAGCCAAAAGGCGGAUUGCAAAUGUCAAAGAGAUCGUUGCUGAUAUGGAACAACGGUUGAUUGAUCUCCGACGUCCACCUGAAUCCGUCAACGCCCCCAGUGAAGACACCAAUGCUAUCGAAGCCUUGAACGGCGUCCUCGGACAACUCAUCGGAAAGUCUGCAGCCGAAAAAGCCGCCACACUCGAUCAAGUCAGCAGACAAGCAAAUGAUCUUUCCUCACUGGUCAGAAAGAAGGUACAGCCAAGCUCAUCAGGCGCAAAGAGGCAACUUGACACUGCAGAGGAGCCAGAAGGGACAAAAAGAGCGAAGACUGAGGAUGCAGACUGA